AUGCCCAGGGUCCUCAAGGAGGUGAUCGAGCACCGCUUUGCCGUCCGGCAAAAAGUGCGGCGUCAAGCCCUGGAGCGACAGGCCUUCAUCCGAGAGGAAGUGGCGUGGCUCCUGGAGGCUGACUUCAUCCGCGAGGUUAUCCAUCCGGAGUGGCUGGCGAACCUGGUGGUCGCCCCGAAGGCCAACGGCAAGCUCCGGAUGUGCAUCGACUACACGGACCUCAACAAGGCAUGCCCUAAAGAUCCCUUCCAUCUACCACACAUAGAUCAGAUAGUCGACUCCACUGCGGGGCUGCUCGAGGCGGGUAUCAACACCUUGUACGUCGCCAUCGACAAGUUCACCAAGUGGCCCGAAGCUUACCCGAUCGUCAAGAUCAACAAGCAUUCCGCCCUCAAGUUCAUCAGGGGCAUCACGUCACGAUUCGGAGUGCCCAACCGCAUCAUUACAGAUAACGGCACCCAGUUCACCAGUGAGCUGUUCGGCGACUAUUGCAACGACAUGGGCAUCAAAUUGUGCUUUGCCUCACCCGCCCACCCUAAGAGCAACGGCCAAGUCGAGCGAGCCAACGCCGAAAUCCUCAAAGGCCUUAAGACCAAGAUGUACAACGUCCUAAAGAAACACGGGGAUUCGAGGCUCGAGGAGUUGCCCACCGUGUUGUGGGCAAAUCGGACCACUCCAAGUCGUGCCACGGGGGAAACACCAUUUUUCCUAGUGUAUGGCGCCGAAGCGGUCCUACCCUCGGAGCUUUCCCUGGGAUCGCCUCGCGUCGCGCUGUACAAUGAGGCCAACCAGGAUGAUCUUCGCCGCGACGAUCUCGUUUAUCUUGAAGAAUGGAGAAGGCGUGUGGCCCUGCGUGCCGCGUGCUACCAACAAAGCCUGUGGCGCUACCAUCAGCGCCUCGUCCGGGCCCAGUCACUGCAAGUUGGCGAUCUCGUCCUACGCCGCGUCCAAUCGCGUCUGGGCUGA